AUGUACAAAUUCACGGUGUCCUCGAAAACCAGCACUGAUCAUGCGAUGUACCGUCCAGUAGGCAUGAUCGGGGCAGUGAAAAUUACCGGGCAUCACAGCGUGAACGGAAUCGAGGGUGUGAAGCUGGAAACCUAUCGUAUCUGCAUGGACAAACACACUGAUUUCGAGUUAUGCAUGAAAAAAGCAGUUGGAGUCAAGUCGAUGGAACCUGGCUGUCAACUGACGGAGCAGGUGAAGCAACUCACCGACCGAUACGAGGGAGUCGUUCAGCUUGUUCAGAACACCUUGCACAAUUUGCGACAAGCCGUUCAGAUUCACACGGACUAUGAGCAUCACGUGGCCGAAACAGGGGAGUGGCUUUCAUCCUUGUCCGAACGAGUUGCUCAAUGCAGCUGUCCAAUCGACACGACUGAUAGGACCGAAUUAGAACGUCGGCUCGCCAAUGGACGUAUCCUCAGUCAGACGUUGUCGGGAGAAAUUAGUCAACAUUUGGAUCCACUCGCUCGCCUAGUCGAACAGCUGCUACAGAGUUCAGACACGACGUUGAGUACAACCGUACAUGCCCAAGUGGACUCAUUUCGUACUACUGCUCAGGAGUUAGCACAUCAACUUGGACAAUCUCAACGCCAUCUGCAAGAGCAACUUGAACGCUGGGUGCAAUGGACCGAGACACAGUCUGAGACGACCCAGUUUUUGGAUGGACUUGCCAGUCAGUUGGUUGGGUUGGUCACGGAGACGAGAAAACGGGAUCAAGAGGGUAAAAGGUUUGUUGUCACUUCGAAGCGCAUGGUCAGUAUGAAACAAACCUACGUGGAUCAGUUGAAGCGCAUCAGGCAGGAAUUUGAAGACAGUCGCUCCAAAAUCGAAAACCUUCACCGUGUGGCAAACAAUUUGAGCACGGACGAUGCACCAAAGGCCGAGGUCAGCAGACAAACAGAACUCGCCGAAGAGCGUUUCAAUCGAAUGCAGCAGGAAGUCGAAAUCCGACUAAAAAAAGCUGAAACAACGUGGCAAAGGUUCUCCGAGUUUUCAACUCAACUGAACGAGGCGGAGAAUUGGAUAUUUUCCACUUCUCUCAAACUAUUGGCAAUCCAUGCGACAGACCCAGAUGGUCCUUUAGGUGUCUUCCAACUCGGCCGAGUACACAAAGAGUUGACAGAUCAGCUUCAGAAUUUCCGUUUUCAGACAUUACCCAAACUAUCCUUACUGGCAAAGGCCUGUCAAGCGGAGUACUCUGCUGACGAGCGUGGUGAUCAAAGUUUACCGGAUUGGUUCCAGACAGCCACAGGAAUAUCGGCGGGCAGUGCGGAACAAAUUGCGACUACAGUGCUGGAAUUACAAGCCGCGGUUAAAGAACAAGUCGGAUCCACUUCAUCUGCCAUCCGUGUAUCCCCCUUUCAAACUGAAGUGACUCAGUUGGAAGCAGGCCUUAAGAGUUUAUGUCACAUGUCUGAGCAAGUGAAGGAACGGCUAUUGGAACAGCAGAAUCGUUGGGCUCGGUUCGUUUCGGUCUUGGCACGAGUUGCGGACUAUUUGAAACUGGAAUUGCCUGAAUGGUGGAACAAACGCCCUAACCUACCCAGUCAUCGAGGACAAAAUACCGUGGGGGACGAAGGCAUAAAGGUGGAUUGGCGCACUGUACUGUCAAGCUCAGACGAAUCGGAUGAAGACACCUCGAAGACGGCCGUGGAACGUCCAAUGAUUGCUACGCUCACUUCACAGGAUAUUGAGUCUCAGCUGGUCGAUACAGAGGCCACUGUGGCUAGACUGAUGCUGUUUACUCAAGAACUUUCUUCGGAAAGAGCCCGGUGUCACACCAGUCCACCAAAACGACUUAUGAUUCCAACAUCUUUGGUGUCCGUGGUGCAACAGAGGGCCGACCCAGCAACUUUAAUGGCAGAAAUACUCGGUGAUGCCUACAAACAACCUAGUGGAGACCGGGAGAGAAGUGACAUGACAUUGACAGGCACCGAACUGAGCCAGCGAGCUGCGAGAAUCAGUGAGGCACUCAAACGGGCUGUUGACAGACUAAAUGACUACAUUGCGAAACUUCAUGACCUUCGAACGGCUUGGGAUCAACAACAACUGUGUGAAGCAGAAUUUGAUUCAUGGCUCAGACGUAAGGAACGAGAACUGGACGAGGCUGUGAAUCGACCUGGACGCCGUAGGCGCCAUUCUGCCUCCGGUGAACAGGUUUUAAGUGGACCGUUAAGACGGACGUACAGCCAACUGGCUAACGCAAUGGAUACUGGUCCUUUGGAAGCAUUGCUCCAUGAAGUGAAGGCAAAGGAACCGGUCUUGAAGCAGCUUCGCGCGGAUCACAUCGCGCUUGGAGGUUCGGAGAACUUGCUAGAGUUGGAUGGUUUUUCCAAGCGAUUACAUGCCCUUCGGACGCGUCUGGUUGAAACCGUGUCAGCCCGCCGCGAACUUAUUGACCAGGCGAUGGAAGCUACGCGACUGACCGAUAAUCUGCACGGAGAAUUGCAUCAGUUGGUUCGUCAGAGUGCCGGUCUUGAUACAGGGUGUUUCUCCCACUCGGAUCUACACCAAAUCAGAACACCUCGUCGUAGUAUUGUCACUUCCUCCACGAGUGGGAGGUCAGCCAGCUCAAAACGGCCCAUCUUUUGGGCAAGUAGCACUAACUUGACUGAAAAUCGCGACGUUGCUUCGACAAGCCGUCGUUCAGGGUUCCAAAGUCCUGUAAGCACGGUUCCAACCAAAUCGACACACAAGCUAGACCAAGGGCUGUCAAGAUCUUCUGACAACUUGGUUCCAAACAUGUUGGACUGGCUCUGGUAUUCCCCGUCAACAGUACUGGGUGAAUCUUCAGUCCGACUGACUCCUGAUGAGUCACAGACGCCUAGAAUUGAUCCGAGAUGGAGAGGUUCACGUGAAGAUGAGAUGGAACAUGAACAUCCUGGCCUGUCUCUUUCGGGUUCGUCUUCUAAAACUUCUUUACUAUUCUCCCGCCCGUGGACCAGUUACCGCAACUUGGAAUGUUCUUCGAAGAAACCGUGGCCUGAUUGGCGCGCCCAUAUCACAAGUUCAGAUGGUCCACCAGUGGCACAGUUGUGUGGGACAAGUGAACCAACAACAUCUGAUGCUACUGUACAACGUUUGACUGAAUCUAUGCAUGUUUCCUUCGAACUACCACACUUUGAAGUACCAGUUUCUUCCGCGGAAUUUACACGCCGAUCAGAAGGUUCCAUAUUUCAGCAAGUUACAAGUCACACUCCAGUUUCUUGCUCCGUUUCCGAGGUACCAUUCUUUGGUCAAGAUGUUCCUAUGCUUUUAAGGAGAAGCAUUUCGCCAGUACCAACAAGGACUCGCAGACCCAGUUCUCGUGCGGGCGACCUUUGGUCCGCUGAGGAUAGACACCGCCUUCACCAAACAUCACCUUCAAUGUCAACAGAGUUUACUAAUCUGGUCCCGAGGAUUUCACGCCCGACUUCCUCUAUUCCUACUCGGCCAGUGUUGUCCGUGCUUACUCCGAACGCUGGUGGUUUGGAGGCAUCUGUAGGCCGCGCUCGAUUACCCAGCGAACUUCACCGCGAACUCCCUUUUCAGCAACCACGUACGGAUGACCUGAGUGCAUCCCAUAUUGCUUCGGACCUCGAUAAUCUCUUACGUUCCGGACGCCCGCCACCGAUGGGUGCUUCGAUAUCUGACUCUGCGGUCACUUUGCCUAUGCAGUCUCCUAAUUCUCAAAUCGGAAGACAAAUGUUCGAGAUUAUUCCAACCUCAAGAACCUCCCGACAUUCAGAAGUCCAGCCCACUUUACCUAGCUCGUUAACGUAUGCUACAGAAAGCACCAGGCGUUCACUCGAUACUCGUCAUCCAACUCCCGCUGAAAUCGCUAUUCAACGAUAUCGACAACUACGGCGGCAGACGGAACAUAAACAUCCACCGUAA